UGCAGUCAGGUACACAGCUCCCACACCCAGAAACAAGCAUGUUCGGAGAGCCAGAGUCGCUACAGAUUUAACACUGUAAUUUAACUUUUGGUUGGUUAGGUUUGGCAGUUUACCGAGGAUAUUUAUCUGAUUUAUGUUCUGGGAUCCCGUGGUUCAUCUCACUUUCGACGGAAGCAAGUAAAACUGUCUUUACUUGAAGGUGAGCAUGGCCCUCUCUCUGUCCUCCCCAUGUGGGUUCCGCUCUGACGAGGAGGAGGAGGAAAUGGCUGUGUUGGAGUCGACAGCAGCAGAGCACGGGGUCCCGGCCAGACCCCGUCUGCCUGAGAUCUCUGUCAUCUCCCCCGGUCUGGACCUGCAGCCAUCCAGUACAGGAUCGAAAGUUGCAGUGAAACCUGGAAGCAGCGAUGAAGGCCUUAGUGAGAGGGUGAAGGUUUUUCUGCGCAUCAGACCACUUACUGAUGCAGAGAAGGACCAGAGAGAAGCACAGGAUUGUGUGGUUGUCCAAGAUGAGGAGACCCUGCUGCUCAAAGCUCCAAAGGAUUCUCAGAACAUGAGGGCAGCGGAGAGGGGCAUAACCCAGAGCCUUCACAAGUUCAGCUUCUCAAAGAUCUUUGGUCCAGAAACAACACAGCAACACUUUUUUGAGAGCACAAUGAAGAAUAUGGUAGGCGAUGUGCUGAAAGGAGAAAACAGACUCGUCUACACUUACGGUGUCACCAACUCUGGAAAGACUUACACCAUUCAAGGGAGCGGUCAAGAGGCGGGCCUCCUGCCUCGCGCUCUAGCGUCUCUGUUCAGGAAAGUGCAGGACCGUCUCUACGGGGCCAUGGACCUGAAGCCUUCCAUGUACCAGGAUGUGAGACAACUUGGCCCCAGUGAGGUCAGGGUGGAGGAAAUCCGGAGAAACUCUCUGCUCAAGGAGGAUGAGAGUUCGACCUCUCGGCGAGUUGGCAACACUACACUCUGGGACAGCGGUGUUGGAGGACUGUCCUCCACAACUCGCAUUACUACCCAGCUUGAAGACCCGGACAGUGUUUUUCUGGAGCCAGACAGCCUCUCACUCAGUGGAGGGGACGGCCUGGAGGAAGGGGUGCAGUUUUCCAUCUGGGUGUCCUUCUACGAGAUCUACAACGAGUUCCUGUAUGACCUGCUGGACGCAUCGCCGUCCCACCAGCUCAAGAAAAGAGUCACCCUGCGGCUCAGUGACGACAGGCAGGGCAACCCCUAUGUGAAAGAUCUCACGUGGAUCCAAGUCCGCAGUGCUGAGGAGGCAUGGAGGAUUCUGAGGGCGGGGCAUCGUAACCAGAGCUUCGCCAGCACUCAUCUUAACCAAAACUCCAGCAGAAGCCACAGCAUCUUCUCUAUCCGCGUCCUGCAUGUCCACCCUGAAGCUUGUCCAGGCCAGGUCAUGCACAUUAGCGAACUGACUGUGUGUGACUUGGCCGGGUCUGAGCGCUGUAAGGAACAACGAAACGGAGAGAGGAUGAAGGAGGCCACCAACAUCAACACUUCCCUUUUAACUCUCGGUCGCUGCAUCGCGGCGCUGAGGCACAACCAGAACAACAAGUCGCGACUCCAACAAGUGGUGCCAUUCAGGGACAGUAAACUGACCCGUGUCCUGCAGGGUUUCUUCUGUGGGCGAGGAAACUCCUGCAUGGUGGUAAACAUCAAUCCAUGUCCCUCUAUCUAUGACGAGACCCUGCAGGCCCUCAAAUUCUCUGCUAUUGCUACCCAGCUUGUUCACGGCCCAUCUACAAAGACCAGAGUGGCCUACAUCCUGUCUCUACUCCGUGAGCCGACAGCAAACGGUCAUGAAAGCAUGCUGAUAGAGGAGGAAGAGGAUGAAAGUGAUGUGGAAGAUGGAGAUAUGACCUUGUUGAAUAAUGAGGCUUUGCUGCAGGCUAUUGAUGUCCUGAAGAGAGAAGUGCGGCGCCAACGGGAGGAAAAAGAGGUUCUUGAGGCGAAUGUGAGAGAGCAGGUGGUCUCUGAGAUGAUGGAGGUCAUCUCUAGAAUGGAAGAAGGUUUCAGCGAGACAUUGGAGGCCGAGAGGGCUCUGAUCGAAGAGAGGUACGAGGACAAGAUAACAAACUUGCAAAAACAUCUGAAGAAAUUCUACAGCGAGGAGCUGAAGGAGCGUGAUAAGGAGAUUGAAGACUUGUCUGCUGCCCUUGAGGAAAAGAAGGGUGAAACACUUCCUACUCUGGCCCAGCAGGGAGAGCUGGAAGGCCCUCGCCGCUCUCAGCGCCUCACAUCUCACACUGCUGUCAGACUGCAGGCUGAACUUGACCAGUGUCGUGCUGAGCUGCUCACCAAGACGCAGGAAAUAACAAAUCUGAAGAUGCAGUCUGAAGUGUCGGGUUCAGCCGGCGCCCUCACCAGCGCUGCGGAUCGCAAGUUGCAAGAAGGUCAGCGGAAUUUGCGACAGCUGCGUCUGGACUUGCAGAAACUGGGUGUGGAUUUGCAGUCGGGAGAACGAGCCUGUUGUCGCAAUACAGGAGGGGAAAGACUGCGGCACGUGUUAACGGCUGCAGAUGAAACUCUCGCCAAACAGAACCAGGUCCUGAUGGAGCUCCAGAGCAGCUUGAUCCUGGUCAAAGCAGAACUGCGCCGGAAAGCAGAGCCCCUGGCAGCUUGUUCCCAGCUGCCUCCUACGAGUGUUAAUGCCUCCACCACACCAGCUUCUUGCAAAAAGAGGGGCUGCAUUCCCAACACAAGCGAUGCUGAAAACCGGCCUCUUCAAAAACGGCCCUUUUUCCAGUCUUUGUUCCCGUCACGUACCCCAACGCAUAAAUACAACGCUGAAGAUUUAAGCCUUACGCCUUAUUCACGCAUCCUGCGUUCUCGACAGCAGUCUCCACCUCGCAGCCCCAUCCCCACCUCCACCCCCAGCAGGCUCAGGGGGAAGUACUGAGCUCCUCAGAGCUUUAGUAAAUGUUAUGGAAAAAAAUUAUGGCUACUUCUUUAUAUUUUUAUGUCUUUUUAUAUUUACUUUUCUUGCGGUUAACUCACCGUCAUGCCAAAUGGCCUUUAUGCCAGUAAAACAGUUGAUGCUUUAAAAGUUGUAGUACAGAUGCUCAUUUGUUGCUGCAUGUGUGUGAAUCAGAUGCUCAUUUGUUGCUGCAUGUGUAUGAAUCAAUCAUUUAUUCUUUCAGAUGGCUUUGUGCUUUAAUAUAACAAUUUCUGAAAUCGCCAGUAUCACUGAAACUGUAGUAGAGAGCAAAUCACACACAAUAGUGAAUCUUUUUGCUGAAAAAGUUCAGUUUAUUAUUUAUAUAUAUAUAUAUAUAUAUAUAUAUAUAUAUAUAUAUAUAUGUGUAUUAUCACACACAGUUGGGAUUCAUAGUGGAAAACAUGCUUUUGGUUUGUCUGAUGUGUACAUGUAAAUAAUACAAGAUGUCCUUUCUAUUUCCAUGUCCAGUGUCUGACACAUUUUUGGUUUGUUCCUUCACUUAAGCUAAACUCUUGUAUUAAAAAUACUUUAUUCAUACAA